AAACCACAUCACACCUACCAUGGAGUUCUUUACUUGGUGCAUGGCCUACCCUUGUCCAUAUGGCCCCUGCACUCCUGCCGAGGUGGAUGAGUGGAAGAGAGAAUGUGAAGCCAUACACGAGAAGCGUCGACAAAGGAAAGAGUUGAAAAGAGCAGCCAAGUGCAGAGCUCUUGGACCUCCCACUCGUCCACCUCCAAAAUAUUCCACCCUCCCAUGUCGUCUUUCUGGUUACUCGUUGUCUUGUCCCAUCUGCCGCUUGCGUGAUCUGAAGUCAAUACUAAGACAAUGGGUCAUUCAACAGAGAAAGCCAUACUCGGCUGUGUCCGUACAGAUUGAUCGCAUGACCAGCGAGCAAUUCGAGGAAGACGACCUCAGUGGAAUCAUUGAUCUGGUUGAGGUCAUUCGCAUCCAAUCAUCUGGACCCACCGAAGCUGCCAGAGCUAUUCGUAAGAAGCUCAAGUAUGGUAAUGCUCAUCGCCAAAUCAGAGCUCUGACCAUUCUGGACGGUCUGAUUCAAAAUGCUGGAAACCGCUUCCAGAAGACUUUUGCUGAUGAGCCUUUGCUGGAGCGCCUCCGACUGAUGGUCAGAGACGACAUGGUCGAUGUCGACGUACGCAACAAGUGUAACGUGCUCUAUCGUCAAUGGGCUAUAGCCUACAAAGACACCCCUGGCCUCCACAACAUCGCAGCACUCUACAAGCAACUGCCUCAGAAGCCUCGCCCUCGUCAUAGUCAAGCGCAGUCCAAGGUCCUUCGCGAGACAGAAGCCGAUGCUCAUGAGGACCCUUCACCAACUCCUCCGCCUGCUCCUGCUCCUGCUGGUGGACACUCUCGUGGCCACUCACGAUCGAGCUCCGCUGUCAAUGCUUCAGCCUCGACCUCUCGCCCCGUCUCGCUCACUCCAACACCUCACUACUCUAUUCGCGACGCCGUCAAAGCAUCUACGAGAAAGAAGGACAAGAAUGCCACCACCACGAAAUUCGUUUUCGAAAAGGAAAAGCCGCAAAUGAUUCAAAAUAUAGCUCAAGCAUCAAUCGCCUCAACCAAUCUACUCAACGCCCUCCAACUCAUCAACCGCGAAAACGAGCGCGUCUCCGAGAACCCCGAGGUCAUGAACCGUUUCGAGACAUGCAAGUUGCUGAGAAGAAACAUCUUGAGAUACAUCCAAUUGGUUGAAAGUGACGAGUGGAUCGGAAGUUUGCUAUCGGCAAACGACGAAUUGGUGAAAGCACUCACCAGCUACGAGAUCAUGGACAGAUCACUCGAUGAUGACAGCGAUAGUGACGCUUGGGAACACAUGCCUGAACAUGGAUCACACACCACCAGUGCCGAAUCGCAGCUCGCUGGGCUGAAGAUUGAUGGAGAGGGAGCAGCACCACCUAAGCCCCCUCGACCUACCAACCUCGCUAUGCCCGCUAAACCUGACUUCGGUAAGGCGAGAGCAGAGGAAAGCGAUGAGAGCGAAAACGAGUACGNNAGGGAAGACGACGAGGACAACCCAUUCGGAGACUCCAACGCGGUUAAGACCCCUCAUGCGGAAAGACCAGGAAUGACCUGGAAGAACGUC